UUUGAGCAGCUGACCUCAUCCACAGUCUUCACCUGCAGCAGCUGCCCUCAUGGCCCACCCCUACGAGCCCUGGUUACGGACAGCACCACCUAGUGGCAGCUCAGAAGACAUGAACAUCCCCUCCUGGUGGGACCUUCACAGAGACGUGCAGCCAGGCAGCUGGAUCGACCUGCAGACGGGUCAAGGUGUUGGUUUGCCGUCCGUGAGUCCAGGCAGCUCCAUGGGGCUGCAGCCAUCUUUAGGGCCUUAUGGCUCCGACCCACAGCUGUGCACGCUGCCUCCAGCUCAGCAUGCUCCGGCCUCGCACUCGUCCCACCUCUUCUCCCAGGAUGGCUUCAAGAUGGAACCACUGGCCCCUGAGAUGCUGCAGCAGGAAACGUUCUCCUUGGAGGAACCUCAGGAGACCUCUGUGUCAGCUCGUCCCAAACCCCAGCGCCGGUCCUCCUCCAGAGGUGCCGGCCAGGCUGCAUGCCGCUGCCCGAACUGCGUUCAUGCCGAGCAGAUGGGCCAGAGCACCGACGACAGCAGGAGGAAGCACAUGCACAACUGCCACAUCCCGGGCUGCGGCAAAGCCUACGCCAAGACCUCCCACCUGAAGGCCCACCUACGAUGGCACAGCGGGGAUCGGCCCUUCGUCUGCAACUGGCUCUUCUGUGGGAAAAGGUUCACGCGCUCUGACGAACUGCAGCGCCACCUACAGACGCACACCGGUGCUAAAAAGUUCAGUUGCGCGUUAUGCCCCAGAGUGUUCAUGCGCAACGACCACCUGGCCAAGCACAUGCGCACACAUGAGUCGCCGCCAGGACACGGUGAGGAGAGGGUGAACGGAGACGGCAGGAUGGACAAAGGCUUCGAUGCAGCAACGCCUCCGCAGUCGUCCUCAAAUGUGUCCGACGGCACUGAGCCUCCACUCAAGAUGAAAUGUGAGACAGACCCAUCGGUGUCCAACGUGACGGGGCAGUCUGGCUAAGUUCAUCAGUUUCAGAAGAUGAAGGGCUCACCGUGUGGUCUCCUCUCCGUUGGAGAGGAGUCAUAAUUUUACAGUAGAAGAGUAGAGAGUAGAAGAAAGUUCGGGACAAACUAUAACAGAUGAAAGCUGGAUGGAACAAAUAUUCAUCUAUGGUCCUGUGAAUUUACCAACUGGGUAAACUCAGAGUUGUUAUAGCAGAAUUAAAAACAGGAAUUCUAUGCAGAAAAGUUUCCUCUGAAAAGUGAAAAGAUGGCGAACAAGGCAACAGGUUGUUGCUGGACGUCCAUUGCUGCUAGAGCUACAACUACCAGAAGACAAGACACCGCAUGAGUUCAUCAGAAGGUGGCUUGGUGACUUGUUUACAAUGAAAUUAAUCAAAUGUGUGGAAUAGAAGAGCUGUUUAAAUGAACUAUACUAACUAAAGGAAAGGAGGCAGUGAUGAUGUUUUCUUUAUGUUUAAACUGUCACCACAUGUGUGCAGCCUACUGUACUGGAAGAUAAUAACGUCUUACAAAAGUUAGUAGCCAUUUGGAUGAGCGAUGUCAAUUACAAUGGUGUGCUACAGCA